CUCAUCAAAUUUCGCAGCAAAAUGGACAUUCUUUGACGCUCUCCCAGAUUAUCUUUAUCUAUUUGUUUAUCAUUCUCGAUAAAAUACGACGAGAAGCAUAAAAAAAAUUGGGUCUUGGUUAUCUUUCUCGCUUCUUCUUCUUCUUCCCUUCUUCUCUCGCAUCGAUCGAGCAGUUUUUUUAUACCGUGAACAGAGAUCCCUGUUCGUAUACCUCUGUGUUUCAACGAUUGUUCAGAUCUUCUUCGUCAUAUGCAGAACUCCUGUUUGUUUUCUGCGCAGAGCCAAUUCGGGUUUCUUUUCAUCUGAAUUUUAGCUAAGAAUUUGGGAUGACUUCUUCCCGUGUGCUCCACCGUUCUGAAUCUUCAAUCUUGAAUUAGGGUUUCGGCUCGAAUUGCGGGUUUGAAUCGUUGGAGAUGAUAAUCAAGCGGAGCCUGAAAUCGGUAAUGCCGAUUUUGAAGAGGUGCCGGGCUGAAGAGCCGGGCGGAGAUGAAGACGACGGCCAUAGGAAUCGGAAGAAGAGGAAGGUGAACAGUAAGAAUGGGUAUUACCCGCUGCAUCUGCUUGGGGAAGUCGCCGCUGGUGUAAUUCCCUUUCGUGGGUAUGGUCUACAGAGGAUUCUUGCAGAGGGAGGCAAGGCCUGUGCUGAGGAGACCGUGGUGGCUUCAUGGUGUACUGAGGUUUCAUGUUGCCAGGACGAGGCUGACUUGAAAUCUAAAGUGAAAGAGAGCAUCAAUAGAGUGCAGGAGGUUGCGAGGCCUCCACUUGUGAGGACUUCCAGAGGGCGGGUGCAAGCACUGCCCUCUCGCUUCAAUGACUCUGUUCUUGACAAUUGGAAGAAAGAGAAGAGUAAGGCUACAGUAAAAGACUUGACUUUGGACCCUGAGUUCAAUCCACAUAGAGAAAAAACCGGUUUGAAGAACAACUGUAAAAUUCGUAGUGAAAUUGGAAUUAAGAAGGGCCAUGAAGAUAAUCUGCACUACCAAUGCAGUAAGCGUUUGCCAUUUUUAGACUAUGAAGCAGUUGAAUUUGGUGUCAACAGGGCAAAAGGCUUUGAUGUUCGGAAGUUUUCUAGUUCCCGGAGUUCGCUAACACGUGGGCAUGAUCGUUGCUGGGGAGCAGAUAAGGCUCGGAAUGAUGACUUUGAGGAAUAUGCAGAACUAAGCUGUGUUGAUGCAUUGGCUAUGUGUGAGGGAGAGAGGGCGUCUCAUAGAUUUUUGCCUGAGAACUUUAACUCUGGUGACAUAGUUUGGGCAAUAUCUGGGAAACAUUGUCCUGCUUGGCCUGCAAUUGUCCUUGAUCCAAAAACACAAGUCCCCCCACAAGUUUCAAACUUUCAAGUUGCGAGAACGGUUUGUGUAAUGUUCUUUGGUUACUCUGGAAACGGGACUCAGAGGGAUUAUGCUUGGAUUCGGCGUGGAAUGAUAUUUCCCUUUCUUGAUUAUGUGGACAGGUUUCAGGGACAGACCAGCUUGAAUGAUAGCACCCCUGAUGACCUUCGGUCUGCCAUUGAGGAAGCAUUUCUAGCGGAAAGUGGCUUUAAUGAGAUGUUGAUGGUUGAAAUCAAUGCGGCUGCUGGAAAUCUUGAUUAUCUCCAGUCUAUUACUAGAGGGGCUGUUGAGGUAUCUGUUUCAAAUCAAGAUCUUGAGUGCAAUACGCUUAACAAGGAUUUGUUGAUGAAAAAUGGAGAUUCAUGUGAGGCAUGUGGUUCAUAUAUGAUUCCUAAAGUGCCCAGGAAAGUAAAUGAUUUGGCUCCUGGCAGCCACCGCUUAUGCACUGCUUGUACACGGCUGAAGAAAAGUAAACAUUUUUGUGGCAUUUGCAAGAAGAUUCGUAAUCCCUCUGAUAGUGGUACAUGGGUACGCUGUGAUGGUUGCAAAGUUUGGGUGCAUGCUGAGUGUGACAAAAUUUCAAGCAGUAAUUUCAAGGAACUAGGAAACGCAGAUUACUAUUGUCCUGAAUGCAAAGCGAGAUUUAAUUUUGAACUAUCUGACUCGGACAAUAUGAAUUCUAAAUCCAAAUAUAACAAAAAGGACAGCCAAGUUGUGCUACCUGAUAAGGUUUCUGUUGUCUGUGCUGGUGUAGAUGGAAUUUAUUUUCCAAGACUUCAUCUAGUUGUCUGCAAAUGUGGGUUUUGCGGAACAGAAACGCAGGCCCUUAGUGAAUGGGCACGUCAUACAGGUUCGAAAACAAAAGAUUGGAAGACCAGUGUCAAGGUGAAAGAUUCUUUGCUACCGCUGGAGCAAUGGAUGCUACAGAUAGCAGCAUAUCACGAACGGAGUGUUAUUCCAUCCAAACCUAUUAAACGUCCACCGUUGAAAGUUCGAAGGCAGAAACUUCUCUCUUUUCUUCAAGAAAACUAUGAGCCCGUUUAUGCGAAGUGGACAACAGAAAGAUGUGCAGUAUGUCGAUGGGUUGAAGAUUGGGACUAUAACAAAAUCAUCAUUUGCAAUAGGUGUCAAAUAGCUGUGCAUCAAGAAUGCUAUGGAGCACGAAAUCACCGUGAUUUCACAUCAUGGGUUUGUAGAGCAUGUGAGACACCUGAUAUCGAGCGGGAGUGUUGCCUUUGUCCUGUGAAAGGGGGUGCUUUAAAACCCACAGAUGUGGCCCCAUUGUGGGUUCAUGUUACUUGUGCUUGGUUUCAACCUGAAGUGUGCUUUGCUAGUGAUGAGAAAAUGGAACCAGCUGUUGGAAUCUUGAGAAUUCCUUCAAAUUCAUUUGUUAAGAUAUGUGUUGUGUGCAAGCAAAUACAUGGUUCCUGCACACAAUGUUGCAAGUGUUCCACCUAUUAUCAUGCUAUUUGUGCAUCAAGGGCAGGUUACCGCAUGGAGCUGCAUUGCAUGGAGAAAAAUGGGAAACAAGUAACAAAAAUGGUUUCAUAUUGUGCAUACCACAGGGCUCCAAAUCCUGAUACCGUUUUAAUCAUACAUACUCCAAAAGGAGUCUUCUCUGCUAGAAGCCUCGCUCAGACCAAACACACAGGUUCACGAUUAAUUGCAACAACCAGAUUGGAACUUGAGGAAAUUCCAGCUGCUGAGGGUGAUGAAAUUGAACCAUUUUCAGCAGCAAGAUGUCGUGCCUUUAAACGCCUGAGGAAUAAGACAACAGGAGAAGAAGCCAUUUUCCACCGAGUGAUGGGUCCACGUCGUCAUUCUUUUGCUAAAAUACGCAGCUUGAAUCCAAUAAAAGAAGCAGAGGAGCCUAAAACAUUCUCUACUUUUAGGGAGCGGCUUCGCCAUUUACAGAGAACAGAAAACGAUCGAGUUUGCUUUGGCCGUUCUGGGAUACACAGAUGGGGUCUUUUUGCGCGCCGAAGCAUCCCAGAAGGAGAGAUGGUUCUUGAGUAUCGUGGUGAGCAGGUCAGGCGAAGUAUUGCUGAUCUGAGGGAGACAAAAUAUCGAAUUGAGGGGAAAGACUGCUAUCUUUUUAAGAUAAGUGAAGAGGUUGUGGUGGAUGCCACUGAUAAGGGGAACAUUGCACGCUUGAUAAACCAUUCAUGCAUGCCAAACUGCUAUGCAAGGAUUAUGAGUGUUGGUGAUGAUGAAAGCCGGAUUGUACUAAUCGCAAAGACGAAUGUGUCUGCUGGUGAUGAGCUAACGUAUGAUUACUUGUUUGAUCCUGAUGAAUGUGAUGAGUUCAGAGUUCCUUGCCGCUGUAAAGCUCCAAAUUGCAGAAAGUUCAUGAAUUAGCUUAACAUGGUUUCGUUUCUUCUUUCUUUUUCUCCUCGAGAAGGAGCUCUAACCGUCUUCCUUGGCUCCCUCACGUCGUCAUAGUAACAUACCAGUACAUCAUUCUGUAAUAAUUAAUCUCUUUAUUUAUUUAUUUAUUCUUUUUUGUCAUUUUUAGGUAGGUGGAGGGGGGAGGCUUGGUUGUUAAUAUUGUUCUCUUUUUGCGUUCUUUUUUUCGGGGCUUAUUCAAUUAUUAUAGGCUAAAAGGUUGGGUCGAGGCGUUUUGUAUAGAUCGGUUGUUUAUUGUGACUGAAUGCUAAUGUGAUCAGUUUUCACUUACAGAGAGAAUAUAGUGGAUAAUUUAAAUGGAGACGGAUGGAGCAUGUGAUAAUGCCCCACGUGAUAAUGACCUGCAAGAUUCCAAUACUUUUCCUACCCACCUUUUUUUGGGACUGAUGGAUAUCGGCUAGCCAUUGGGCCGAGGAAGGCCCAAGAGUCCCAUUGCGACCGCCCAAUAUGAGUAAAGCGCUUGGUGCCCA